CCUGGCGAGGACACUGCGCCGGCCGCCGGGCGCCUCCAGUGCGUGAGUGGCACGUCAGACGGCGGCCGCUCAUGUUUUUCGUUUUUUUUUUCUUUCUUAAUUUUCCUUUGUCUCCUUCCGUCAACUCCGGCGUCUUUCUGCUAGGGAGAGCUGGAACACACGCAAUAGGAGCUGGCGGAGGUCGAGGCCGCACUACGCCAAAUCCUCCCGGAUACCGAGCCAGCACAUCCACCUGGCUGACGGUGACGUUCACGGUGGAGCGCUACAUCGCCGUGUGCCACCCGAUCCGCGGUCAGGUCUACUGCACCGAGUCGCGGGCGCGCCGGAUGAUCGUCAUCGUCUACCUCUUCUGCUUCCUCACCACGCUCUCCACGCCGUUCGAGUUCGAGGUCAAGGAGCGGCUCGAUGAGGAGACCAACAGCAGCGUGCUGAGCACCGGCUACAACGAACACCUGGGCGACAACGACGAGUACAAGAAGGCCUUCUACUGGUUCAGCGCCGUCGUCUUCACCUUCAUACCGCUGGUGCUGCUGGCCGUCUUCAACAUGUUCCUGAUCCUGGCCGUGAAGGAGUCGCGCCGCCAGCGCGCCGUCCUCUGCGCCGGCGAGAGCCAGUCACAGCAGCAGGAGAACAAGAUCACCAUCAUGCUCAUAUCGGUGGUCAUCAUCUACAUGCUCUGUCAGCUGCCCUCGGCCGUGAUGCUCAUCUACACCGUCUCACCGCCCAAGAGCAGCGACGAAGACGGCGUGCGUCGCAUCCUCGGCAACAUCUUCAACCUGCUGGUGGCCAUCAACGCCGCCAUCAACUUCGUGCUCUACUGCGCGCUGAGCGACAAGUACCGCAAGACAUUUCUUGUCACGUUUUGCCGGUGCUGGUUCGGAAAGGCGGCGGGUGUACCGUCUGCUCUACCGACAGCCUACAGCAACGUCUCGGACUUCUCGCGAACCGGCUCCCCGCGCAGUAACAGCUCUAAGCGCAGCUCCCUGCGCUCUCAGCGCUCGGUGAACGGCGCGCGCAGCUCGGUGCGGGGCCGCGGCAGCAGCCCCGCCGAUCCCCCGGCCACCUUCCUCGGAGUCCCCGGCUCAAAGUCCACCGAGAGCCAGGGCCUACUGGACGCCACCGGGAGGCCGGUGACCGCCGGGGGGCAGCGCGCCGGGACCCGCCGCCGCCGGCUCAAACUGCCCAGCUGGCUGCGGUUCGGAGGAGGCAGGCGGCAGCACAACAUCGUGGUGACGACACCGGACGGCAGUCGGGAACAGGACGUCACCGCCGUCUGAGGAAGGACCCGACUGCCAGGCGGAGACUCCGAGGGAAGGUCUCGCGGUCCUGGCUGAGCUUCUCAUACGUCACGGUGACUUGUGCGUCACCCGAGGGAUUCGUCGCCGCUCCGUCCGGGCGAGACGGGCUCUCGCCAAAAGUUCAGAGCUACUCGGUGUGUGUUACUGCGCUCAUGGCGUGUUCUGAGCAGAAACCAGUCACCUGCCGAGUGCAGUGCUUGCCGUAUGCUCUGAGCUGCGAAGCCGGCAGCAGUGAGCGGGCGGAGCCGUGAGGCAGCAGUGAGCGAGCGGAGCCGUGCGGCGCCCGCCGGUACCGGUCACGAGGGUCAGUGUUUUAUCCAGCGGCGCACCUGGACCGUGGCUACGACCCGCCGUGAGCGCGCUGCUCAGACACUGGCCGCCGCCGCGGGGCGCCGGGCCAGCGCCGCCGGAACAGUCAUCAAAAGUACCUGUGUGUCGGCCGACAGCGCGGUCGGUAGGAUGUGCGCGAUCCCGGGGGUCACCCGCCGCUUUACAGGCCCGGGGGCGCGACCCGCACCGGGGACGGAGCUGCGGACCCGGAGCCACCGGUCGCGGCAGGGGACCAUGUCCGUGAGAACCGGGGACGAGUACCGCGGACCCUCGGUGAGCCCCACCCGUGUGCGACUUCAGAGUCGGGCGGAAUGUCGGUACUCUCUCCGAAUAUAGCCCCGUCCCAGCUAACUGUUUAUAUAAUGAGUGGCGAGACGAGUCAGCGACAAGCACCGAGUCCGAGGUAUCUGUCGUCUUCAGAACCGGUGUUAUGUGGCGCCAAUGUGGGGAACAGAGUGGACCACAGCGAUCAGACCGGCUUGCCGUCAGACCGCGUCCGCGCGUCACAGCCGGACUGAGGUAUCUGAGAGAGACAGAGACGGCCGCAGGUAGUGGCAAACAAUGCAGAGCUUUGUGCUAAUCAAAAGGCCGACCACCGCCUGGCGAAUCGGUCGGCCGCAUGGGCGUCAAACGCGGCGGGUAGAGCUGGCAGGGUCAGGAGCCGACAGUGCUGCUGGUACGUCAAACGCGGCGGGUCAUAGAGCUGGCAGGAUCAGAGCCGACAGUGCUGCUGGCAGCUGAAAGGACUGCGACCGCUGCGAACUGUACGGGAAGGCGUGUGGUAUGUUCGCUAUUGUUGCGUUUGAUUUUAAAAUAGCUGCAAAAUCUCAAUAAUGCUUUCGUUUAGAGCUUUAUGGAGAUAAAAUUAGUUAUGUUUUGCAUAACUUCAUUGUCAAUCAUAGCCCGGUAAUUAUUGGUUUCAAAUAACUGUUGAGUUUUUAUGAACGAUAUCGACUGUCGUUUGUGAUGUUAUGUGUGGAUCCAUUGAUGUACGGCAUGCUGAUCCUCCUAUGGUUCAAUUCGAAGCGCAGCGGGUGGUAAAUGUGCUUUCAUUGAUGUACUUAACCCUACAAGAGAACUCAUACCAACUCUUACACCAUUUUGUCUUCUCACACGCCAUCCUCAAAAGAACAAACAUUAACAUUUUAUGUGCAUUGCAAUGGUUCUCUACAUAGUUUUCCGAGCUGGCGAACAAUUAUCGAGUCGCAUUUUUGCGGUUGCCGGUACCAGACAAAGGCCUUGCGUUGCUGCUGAUGAGCUAAUUAAUUCUGACAGGAUCUGCGGCUAAUCCACGACCAUAGAUGGUGCUCAAAUCGAUGCUCAUUGCUCAACUCUUAUUCUGUAGUCUGCACCACCUGCGUCGUCUGCUGCGUGCGCCGAUUUACAUGGAAGCAAUCUGAAGCGCUAUGUUCUGCGUAUCGUGGACGUCCAAAAAGAUAUUCAUGCUUCCUGAUCAUGACUGAACACAUUUUCCUCCGGAACGUGAUUGCUAGCUAACGUUUUCAUCACCAAAAUCGCCCCAAAACUAUUACCUUUACAUAAAAGCGUUGAACUGAGCUACGAGUAUGAAAUGGUGACCUUCGUAUAUUGAUGGUGACGUGAAACGUUCUAAGAGAAGCUUUUAGAUUGUGACUCAGAAACGAGCCAUUGAGAGGUCACUUUGCCAUUCAUAGCUGUGAGUCGUGAGACAGUCUUUGAUUCGUUGGGUAUCAAGGCUUGUAACGUCUGCGGAGCUAGAAAGUAUAUAGAUCCAAUUCGAGAUGUAUCCUUAUCUCUUUCAAUAUUUUCUUUCUAUUCAUUAUUACAUAGGUCACUAGGUCAUAGGUCAUAGGUCACCAUGACACAAAUCACUUUCACAAGUAGUCUGACUGUAAACGUUUUCAAAUUUAUUGUGUUAGGUGUUUUAAAAGUGAUUCACAUCUUUUCAACCACCAAUUCAAAAUUGGAUGCGACUCUAUACGUUAAACUGACCGUUUUUAGAGGGCCGUCAUAUAAACAAGGGCAUUGCUUUGUUAGCAAUUCAGUACCAUCUCUCCUCGAUGUCGUGUAAGAUUUGCGCUUCUCUCUGAACAUACUUUGCCUAAAGUUAUUAAGAAAAAAUGUGCGACUGCUAUGGUAUACCCAACCAUCUUCACGCUCCCACGUUCACUUCACUCCAAUUCCCAAAUUAAUUUUCCUGUACUUUUAGAUGCGUUCACGGGCCAAGAACGGCGCUUAUGACACGUCUCACUGUUUGCUCUGGUGAAAAUCUGAGAGGUUUCCGUCGGGUUGUCGUAGAUGUCUCGCUAUUUUUAUAAACAAGGUACACUUUAUGAGCGACUGACCGUAUUGUCAGGGCAUGCCGUCUCAAUAAUGCGACAUUUAGAGCGCGACUGCUACCUGAGCCAGCGGCAACAGUGUUGCCUCUCAGUGUCCGAGGUUUGUGUGGAAUGUUCUGCUCGCAUUGUAUUUGUCUAACUAAGAAAGUGUAGUGUCCCCAGUGAAUGUCAAAACUUGACCCCGCAGGCUGAGGCUCGCUCGAUAAAUUACCUAUCCGUGGAAGUUCGUUGAUCAUCUUGAGGCUUGUGUUUCCGUUCGACUGUUGUAGUAAAUAUUUUGUGUUUGGUGUUAUGUGUUAUGUCACCUUCUCAUACCAGAAUAUGUGUUACUCGAGCGAAGUGAAACCCAUCGCUCCCAGAGUCAGCGAGCACCGGUUUCACCGGUGCACCGUUUCACUGCCGGACGGCGAAGGGCGACUGUGCUGUCCUCUAGCUAACUGCUAGUUGUAAUUUUUGGCGCCAGAUGUCCCUGGCGGCACCACCCGGCGGCCUGACUCUGGGGGAGAGGCAGGGCUCGACCCCGGACACGGUCUCUUCAGAGGUCACUGCAACGUCACAUUCACAGGGAGAUACAAAUCCGUUACCACGCUUAAAUUGAAGAUAUUUUCACGAUUUAAUAACGGAAACUUUAUUUGAAAUAUUCAAAAUUAAUCUUGUCUGAUUGUCUAACUUUGUUCUUUCUUAAUUCUUCCAAAGGGACAGAUCAGUAUUUCGUUACAGUUCAACCGAAUUAAGCACCGUUUCCCUUCUGAUAGAAAUAUUGAUAAUAGUGCUCAGAAUAUUGUCGAUGACGAUUAUGUAAAAAAAUCCCCAUAAUGGUCCAUAUUACUAAUUUGCUUGCUAGCCGUCAGAUAUAGAACGACAUAGACCAAGUGUAACUGGCUGCCAUUUGCCGAGUUGCUAGUUGCUCCCGACUUGAGUUUAGGUGUAGUCGGCGAGCAUUUAGCGCUCUGAAUAGCUCACUCUAUAUAGGUCCAGUCCACCCUGUGUCCGGGUCCCGCCGCGCCUGCCAGGCUCCCGGGUGGUCCGCGCCAGACGCCCACCCCAACUCGUCACCGUUUGUCGCUCCAAACUCUGAAGGCCCUCUGCGCAUCGAUAGUAAAAUACACGCUGUUUGGU